AUGCUUCAGGGGGCUCCAGAGGCUGGAGGGCCCCUCUGGGGCUGGGAUGAUGAAGGAGAUGAUGACUGGGAUGCAGCUGUACUCACCUGGCUGCUACUAGCAGUGGUGGCCACCUUAGCACUGGCUUGGCACUGGUUUGGCUCCAGGGAGGACCAGGAGACACAAGGGUCCCCAUCCAGGGCUCCAGGUACACAACCUGCUCAGGCAGGAGGAGUCAAGCAGGCCCUGCACCCAACAUCCAAGGACAGUGAUGCCAGUGAAGGACAGCAGAAACCAGAGGUUCCCGGAGGUGGCCAGGGGAGAUCUGCUACAGCUGGGACCCAGGGCCCAGAGCCCUCAAUAGACAGAAGUGUGGCUUCAGAUGACCAGCUUCUUCAUAGGACACCUGGAGAGGUGGCCAGCAGAGGGACCAUCCCAGCAUCCCUGGGAAAGAAAAGAAAGGAGCCAGCCAGGCCAGAACUCCCCUCCCUGGGCUACCACAGAGCAAAGGAUAUCCCUGUUCCCAUCAUGAUCCACUUUACCCCUCGAAGUCUUGACAGCAAAACAGAGAUGCAGCUGGGGGCAACUGGAACCUAUGGUACAGGGGCAGCUGGGCAAGGCCCUGUCCGUAAGGGGCAACAGGACACCAGCCCCUGGUACCUGGCUGUGGGGCCUUCCGGCCCUCUGGGGAGAGGCCUAGGCAGCUUGCGCAGGCGGCGGCGGCCUGGUAACAGCUCGGGAGACAGACCCUGCCGUCCUCUGAGGCUGGACCCUCUCCGCCUGGGCACCGUGGUGAGUGUAUGGGAUGCUGUGGACAUGGGAGGUUCGGCCAGCCAGGACAUCCUCACCAGCAGUCCCCUUGCAGGCCCCUCAUCACACCGCUCAGACAAGGGGCUCAAGGCUCCUCAGGAGAUGGGCCUAGCUGAUGCUGUGGAUAGUCGACCUCAGGUGGACUCCUUCCAGGAUGUGUGUGGGAAAAGCAGCCUCCAUUUCCCUCCCACCAGCACUGCAGCGUCAGGGGCUAAGAAGGGUAAGAGUCAGGAGACUGGAUCCCUAGCCGAUAGGGAGACUCAGGACAUCCUGGCUAGUGAGGAAGCCUGGUCCCGGGACAGGGGGGUGGCUGUUGUCACUGGCAACUUCAGCCCCUCGCAAGAUGCCUUGCCAGAAGAGCUGUGCUCUGAGGCUUGUGCGGUGGACCAAGUUGCUGACCAGAGCAAGUUGGAGAAACUAGGUGGAGAGGGCCACGUCACUGGGAAAGGGAGAGAGUCAAGUCAAGGCGAGGAACGUGAGCACACUGCUGGCAGGCCAGCUACAGACCAGAGUCUUGCACUUCUUGUGGACACAAAGAAGUCCACACAUAGCUUCAGCUGCACUGCCUCCCGCAACCUUCCAGCCUCUGCUCUGACCCGGGCCACUGAGCUGGAUCCAUCCUCUGCCACGGCUGGGCACUCCAGCCCUGGGUUCCUACAUGCAGUCUCCACCUCUGCUCCUUUGAACAAUUUGCCCCCGGAGGUUAGCCAGGGUCCUUCUGGUGGUGACAGUCUCAGGGCAGAGCCAGCUCCCUUUCCAACCCCACCUUUAACAUUGUCCCCCUGCCCAGACCCAGCUACAGCCUUAACCGCAAUCUCGACACCAACUCCAUCUUUAACAUCACCCACAACCUCAUCCCCAGCUCCAGUUAAAGCCUUAACCCUAAUCUCAACGGCAACCCCACUUCCAACAUCACCCCCAACUCUAGCCUCUGCCCUAGUUGCAGCCCAAGAGCCUGCAACAGACAGUGAGCCAAGGCCUAUGUCUGUGGAGUCUAAUGAGGGCCUCUCCAAGAGCUCCUCAGAAAGACGCAUCUCAAAUAGCUGGGGCAAUUUAAUUACUAUGGUUCUUAGGAGCCACCCCUUCCCCAGGCAAGACAAGGCCCAAGGCAGUGCCCCAAGGGCAGGUCUGGAGAGUCCUGCAGGGCCCAGGCCAACCACGUACUCUGAAGAUACACAGCCAGGGCCCUCCUCUGAAGGAGCUAUCUCCAGCCUCCAGGGCAAACACAGGCCAGCCUUAGGCACACCAGCAGGCUCAGAGAGCCUAGCAGAGGCAAGAUGUAAAACACCACCAAUGAGUUUAGAGACUAAUGCAUCUCUCACCCCAGACCCUAGAGGAGAUGAAACUAAGCAGAAGAGUCUAGACUUGCUGUCCCCAGCUGCAGAGCCUAUGGCUGCCCCACAGGCCCCUGCGGGUCCUGUACAAUCUCCUUCUAUGAAGCAGGGUGCUCAACCCAUCCCUCAGCCUCGGCAACGGAGGAGGAAACGCAGCAUAGCUCAGAGCUCUGAACACAUACUGACCCAAGAAAUAACCCAGCAGCCCCAGGGGCAGGUGCUAAAGGAGGGAGCCAGACCUACAGACAGCAGGGACAUCCUCACAGAGAAGCAGAAAGAGACCCAAAAGCUUAUGGUUUUUCUGCAGAAGCCUGGGAGUUGGGGAGUGGUGGAGGGGUCUCAGAAGUACUGCUCACAGGCCUCGCAGCCUAGCACAACCGCGGCACUGUGGCCCCCAAAGCUCGAUCUAGGCAGCUGCUUGGAGGUUUUGGCCUUUGCCCAGCAGCAUGGAGAGCUGGGCUUAGCCCAGGAGGCCUAUGCCUUGAUGAGCAACAAUUUACUGCACGUUCUGGGAGACCCGCACCUCUACCGACAGCUGAGCGGAGCCGACAGGGAGCGCAUCCUGAACCUGCGGACUUGCCAGGGCCAGACAGUGCUGGGGGUCCUUGUGCUGCCCAGCCUUUAUCAGGUGAGCCGCUCGGGGCUCACGAGGGGUCUCCAUAGCGAGGAAGCGCCUGCAACCAAGUCUGAGCAUUUGCCCCUUCACACAUACCUCCAUGUGUUCAACCCACAAGAGAAUGUGUGGCGGCCCCUGACUCAAGUACCGGAGGAGGUCCCACUUCGGGGCUGUGGCCUCUGCACUAUGCAUAACUAUCUGUUUCUGGCGGGUGGCAUCAGGGGUUCUGGUGCCAAGGCUGUCUGUUCCAACAAGGUGUUCUGCUACAACCCUCUGACAAACAUUUGGAGCCAGGUUCGGCCCAUGCAGCAAGCCCGGGCUCAGCUGAAACUGGUGGCCCUGGAUGGAAUGCUCUACGCCAUUGGUGGCGAGUGCCUGUACAGCAUGGAGCGCUAUGACCCACGCACAGAUACCUGGACCUUGAGAGCGUCCCUCCCUGAGGGCACCUUCCCUGUGGCCCAUGAGGCUGUGGUGUGCCGAGGAGAAAUCUAUGUCACCGGGGGUCAUCUCUUUUACCGCCUGCUCAGAUACAGCCCUGUGAAAGACUCGUGGGAUGAGUGUCCCUAUAGCGCCAGCCACCGACGCUCCAGUGACAUGGUGGCGCUCGGGGGCUUCCUAUACCGGUUUGACUUGCUGCGGGGUGUAGGUGCUGCGGUGAUGCGCUACAAUACAGUGACGGGCUCCUGGAGCCGCGCUGCCUCCCUGCCACUGCCUGACCCUGCCCCGCUCCACUGCACAGUAUUGGGCAACACCAUUUACUGUCUCAACCACCAGGUCACGGCUACCUUCACAGUUUCAGAGGGGACUGCCCUGUUUCAAGCCAAGGAGCUGCAGCCCUUCCCGCUGGGAAGUAAGGGGGUCCUCUAUCCAUUCACUCUGACUCUGCCCCCUAAGACCUGGCUGCAGACCACAAUCUGA